CGAAACGUUGUUCGCCGAUCUCGCGGAAUUUGGAUCGGAACGGGGUAAAAAAAUAUAAAAACAACAAGCUGAAACCGUAUACUUAAUACGCGUGUGUGUAGCUCAAAAAAACAAGAAAAAUAUAAAUAAACAAAACUACAUGCUACGUCAGAAGACUACAAACAAAAGAUAUGAACGCAGCGCUGACGUCGCCGCCAAGGUUCGAAUCAGAUAUUAUUUUUUUUUCGCAUUUUUUUUCCAACCAUUUUAGUGUUGUUUUUUGAUAAGUUUACAACUUUUACAACUGUUGUGUAUUUUUUUUUUUGUCGUGAGUGAUUUUUCGGCCAAGUGAUUUGCGUGCGGUUGAAGGGGAGGAGAACUGCAUUCGAGGCCCUCACUCUUUCCGAUCAGCAGUGCCUUGAGAUUGCCGCUCUCGAAGUGAACGUUCCGAUGUGGAAACCUUAUACACAUGUCUAAUUACACAAGCUAAUCCCAGCUGAACUAAAUCGGCUUUAAAUCGGCAGCAUAAGAACUCGAAAAUUUAAUGAUAUCUCGCAGUUGGAACGGAAGGAGGAAGUAGUCGAAUUGUGAAUCGUAGUAAUGGGCUCUCGCCGGUCUGGUUUCAUCCUGGACGCCAGGACAAUGGGCCUGAAUCCCUCCAGACCGCCAUCACCGUCACGUGCGCCAGCCGCCAGCCCAAAGUGUAAGGAGCAGGAGCAGUCGGAAAAGGAAGCCAAGCAGCUGGACAAAUCCAGUAACUCCAAGCUAGAUAUCCAGACGAGGGAAGGAUCAGUCGUUGAGGCAUCUUCGCAUGCCCAGUGCAAUGUCAGCACGGACUCCGUGCCCACCGAUUACUACCGCUGCCUGCUCCAAAAACUACGGCACGCCACUGGCGACGCCUCCGAGGUGAACUUCGAGCUGAACAACAUAUUUCUCAAGCGACUGGACGAGAUUGACUGCCUGGCUGGGCAGGGCGUAGAUGCAAUGCAAAGCUCCCAGCUGCGACUGGUCACAUUUCAGGAGUGGGUGGACUUCCUGCUCCACGUGAACAACGUGAUUCUGGGCAACAUGUCGGAUUUGGAGGAGGAGGCCUACGGCAAGAUUGCAGCUUGCUUCCAGUCGGUGAAAGGCGAACAGCAACAGGCCCUGGAUGAGAAUCGCAAGCUGCUAAAGGACAUCGGUUCGAUCAUUAAACUUGUACAGAGUGCCUAUCACCACAACGUUUGGGAUUUGGAGGGCAUAUCCCUGGAGACCCUGACCGUCCAGCAAUUGCUCGGCUUGAAAAGUGAUCAGGUCCGGCCGGAAAGUGAAAGCGAGAAGAUGGGCGAGUGCAUGAAGUCCUUGGUGAACGAGAUGGCCAACAAGCACGACGAGGUCUGUCUUUUAAAAUCGCAGAUCAACGCCCUGGAGGAAGUGGUGCACACGGCCAGUCAGAAGCUGCAUCUCAAGGAUCAGUGCAUCGCCCAGCUCAAUCGGCAGUUGGAGGAGAUCACGGAGUGCUUUUACACCAUGUCGGAGCAUACGCCAUGCGAUGGACCUUUGAUGAAUGUCACAAAGGAUGUGAAACAGGAGCAUCCGGUUGUUGAGACAUCCUCCAGCGAUACGGCGACCGUCGAUACGAUAACCAACGACAUAUUAGAGAAUCUCUCGAUACAGGACACCCAGGAAAGCGAGAUGCUGCGGCUGCUGAACACGGAACUCAACGAACUUUUCGAUUUGCAUAGCAAACAGGAGUACCAGGCCAUGGAUUGUCGCCGGAAGCGUCUCUCCUGCUUCUUCGAAAUGUUGACUACAGAACGCGAUAAUACGGUGAGAAAACUGGAGAACAUUCGUAGUCAUCUGCGGAUCCUCCAAUCGGACCUCGAACAACCCUGCUUGACCUCGAAUAGUCCUGAGACAGGGCCCGAUGAUCCGGACACAAAGAUGCUAGAAGUCCUACGAUGGAAACUACACUCCCUCGACCAAUGUAACCGGGAAUUGCACGGAAAAUGUCAGCGCUUGGAUACCGAAUCAAAAAUCAAAAUUUCAGAGUUGCAGGCCCAGAUCGAAUCGGACAACGGCUUUAGUCAGAGAAAUUCGGAUAUUCUAAAGGAGAUUGCCGAUCUAAUUUGCAAAUUACAUUCCUCGGAUUUCUCAUACAAUGAAGUCUACGAUGAGUCCUCGACGGAUAACCCCUUCUGUAUAGCAAUCAAGGAAAUGUUCGAGCAGAGAUCCGAGCAGGAGCAAAAACAAAUGGCAUGUAACGCAGAGGCCAGCUCCUCUGAUUGCCCCCAUCGCCAGCAGUUGGAGCACACGCUGCUCCACUGCCAGACCCAGUCGGAAAUCCUCCAGGCCACCCGGGAUAACUACCUGAGCAUCAUCGAUGAGUUCAAGCGGGAUCUCGAGGAGCUGACCGAACAGGUGGAACAGCAGCAACUGCAGCAGAGUACACAAAGUACAAGCCAAUCCUGCCCAGAGCCAGAGCUCCACUGUGUGGAUCCUCCACGGAUUAACUGCGAACUAGAGAUACAAAACGAACACCUUGCCUGCCAAAUUCAAGGACUGCAGGGCAGUUUACAGGAUCGAGAUAAUCAGAUUGAUCAACUGCAGUCCAUGAUCAAGAGCUACUCCGACUUCAGCGAAAACAAUCGACUCAAAGGAGAGAUCCAUGAACUCAAACAAAAGAAUUGUGAUCUGUCCCGCCAAAUGCGGGAACUCAAGAGCCUGUUGAACAACCAGGAGGAGCAGCGCGUGGAGCUGUGCUCCAAAUACGAGAACCUGAUGACCAGCUUCGAGGAUCAGUGCCAGGAGUUCAAGGGAGCCAAGAGAAAAGUACAGAGUCUGCAGACGCGACUGGAUCAAGUGGAGCAGCUGCAGGUUGAGCUGAGAACGGAGCGCAAAAUGCUGCGGGAGGAGGUGAUCGCCCUGAAGGAGAAGGAGGCCGUCUCAACGGGACGAGAAAGGGCCCUCCAGGAGCAACAGAAAAGUGGCCAUAUGGAGGUGGAGAAGAUGCGUCACCUGAUCCGAGACAUGCAGGUUCAUCUGCAGAGGGAGGACGCCCAGCAUCGCGAAAGUGUUUUGCAGCUGGAGGAUGCCAAUCAAUCCUUGCGGGACCAGAUGGGCGGCCUUGCCGCCGAGUGCCAGCGUAUGCAGAUCCGUCUAAAGCAACAGACCGAGGUCAACGAGCAGCAGGAGCAGAUCAUUGACUCCUUUCGCAAGUGGAAGGAUGCCCAGGUCAGGGCCGACGAGGCGAUGAGGCAAUGCGCCAAACAGGCCGAGGAGCACAUCCACAUGCUGCUGGACGAGAACCGGACGCUGGCCGAGGAGUACCGCUGCCUCUUCCGGGACCACACGCUUCUGGAUAAGGAGAUGUAUCGGGUCAAGCAGGCGGUCAACUACGUGUCCAGCUCCUCGAUGGGAUGUCCACCUCAGCAGAGUGGCGGACGGAUGAAUCCCGAGGCGGGAAACGAUAGGCAGCUGUCAUAGAAUAAGUAUUUUGCAUAUGUAUGACUUAUCCCGUGAAUCCCGCAGAUGGCCAGACGACUACAGAACCUGACCAGCACUUCUCAACGUAUUUCCAACCAGAACAGGACCCUCAGGACUCAGGACAAUCCGCUGGCCUAAUCCACAUUGAGGCCCACCCGAUCUUCAGACGAUUUGUCGUAAGAGUAACCAGGAAUUCCAUGGUGUCCCGGAAUGUCAAGCUUCUCCCUCCGUCCAUUUUAACAUUGUUCACACCCAAAAUCCCUAGGCUAACAACAUUUUCGAAGCGCGUAAAUUGUAAAUUAUCUUUGUAAAUUGUGGUAGAAAUUAAAUAAUACCAAGUGCUUGUAAAG